CCGGCAUGCCGAGCUCAGAAGCGCAGAGAACGGUUCUUGUUUUGCUUGUGAUGGAGGUACGCAGUCAAUAAAGGAUCGUCUGCUUACUCCUAGUGGUAUUUCAGAUCUGUUUCGAGAAGAAGAGCUGCGAUGCCGAGCUCCAGUCAGUUGGCAACCCUUUCAGCCGCCCAGGAAGACGUCAUUGUACAGAACCUUAAAGACCAAUACAAAUUGGUGGUCCUGGGAGCUGCACGCGUUGGAAAAACUGCGAUUGUACACCAGUUCCUGUACGAUGAAUUUCCUGUGGACUACUUCGCAACUGUGGAAGAGUUUCACACUGGUGAAUACGAAGUGAAUGGAUCCUCCUUAACCCUUGACAUCGUGGACACGAGUGGGAGUUACCCUUUCCCAGCCAUGAGACGUCUCGCCAUCAACACCGCAGACGCCAUCAUCCUUGUGUACGCCAUCGACGACGCCGAAUCCUUCGAACAAGUCCGUCAAAUUCACGACCAGAUUGUCGAACUUCGCUCAGGUCGCGUACCCGUCGUGGUCGUCGGCAACAAAGUCGACCUGGACAGUGACCGAAGGGUCCGACGUGAAGUCGCAGAAACGGUCAUCACCAUAGAUUGGGAACACGGAUUUGUCGAAGCAUCAGCCAAAGAGAAUACAAGAAUUGUCAACAUUUUUCAACAACUAAUGGUUCAGGCUAAGAUCCCGUGCGACCUCAAUCCAGCCAUGAUAAAUAAAAGAAGAAAAUCGCUGCCAGUGUAUCCAACCAGCCCUAGUAUCAAGGAUAAGACGUUGCUCAAGAGGAACAGCUGCGCGGUGUCGUAGAUGACUGCUGUCCUUGAGAGCAACAGCGUAUCCUGUGAUGCUUCUUUACCGAAUUGUUCUCAACUCCACUGCGUGAUCAGCAGGAAACUCAACAACGGUGUUCCAAGAUUAUAUGAUGGACGUCAGAAGUGCAGAACGAUUUCCAGGGACACCAAAGAUUUCAAUUUUUCUUGCUUUCUGCAAGGAUUAUCAGAACAGUAGUGUGUGUCUUCGGGAAGCAAUAGUGUAAAGGACAGCUUGUUUGUGUUGUAUAGAAGGAAAAACCUUCUGAGCAAUGUUCUGAAUGAGACGCCGUAUUGCUGCGCUUGUUCUCGAUAAAAUGGUGCUAUUGUAGAGCUUAUCUCGUGUUAGGCGAGGAUAUAACGAUUUUGAUAAAUUUUAGCGAAAUUUAUCUUUGGACAACACUGUAGACAUACGGGGUAACAUGAUGGUGUACAUAUAUCGCAGACACCAGCCUUCCCACAGAACUCUCCCCACCCUCACUUCCGCCGUUCCCUGUCAAAUUCUCCAUUUGCGAGUUUGCAGUCAUCCUGUCUUGUCUUCUUGUGUGUUGUGUCCCUCGUUAAAUUGCUGCGAUACGUCUACACCAUUAUCUUUGGACCUUUUAAAGCAAACAGAAAACAAACGAGCCUUUUCUUCAUUGAUUAAGAUGUUCCACAUCAAGUAACAAACAGAUCCAUUCUGAUGUAGACACACUGGGAGCCAUACCAAUAGCGACUAUGUUCGAAACUUGUCGCGAUGAACGGCCUCAAAAUUGCCGUCCUAAGGUUAUUCCCAGAAGGUUGCUUCGGAGAUGAUGCUUGGAUUUCCAGCUAUAAUAAGGUAUCAUGAUAUAGACUACACUGGCAGAGAAAAGGUUCUGCUCAAGAGAUGACCAGAAUGCGUCCUCUGCUGUGCAAACAUUAAAGAAGAAAUACUGUGAUUAAGGUGUGCGUACCUCCGGUACCUUCUGUCGUCCAUUGUCGUGUACCUCUCAGCCAGACACCGUAAGACUACGAGCCUGAUAAAAAUCUCCAAGUCAUCCUACCAACGCUCCCAUAGUACAAUAAUGUCACGUUGAUACAAAACGCACGAACACGUAAUGCAAGAACCCGGAUCACUUGAAAUGAAAGCGUACUAAUUAUGUAUCGGCGAUUGACUUUCUUCUCUACACUGACAGAUAAUUGAUACGAAAACAAUUAUUAUACCUGGCUGUUCCUUCUUGUGAUGUCUCUCUAUCGAGAUAAUAACUAGGACGCAAAAAUUAUCCCACAAUCGACAUCAAUUGCCUAAAUGCGAUGCAAUAAUAAACACCCACUGAUGCAAAAAAAAAAAAAAUCAGUGUUGAACAUUUUUGUACCGUCCGUGAUCACUGUCGUUCAUUGAUAGGCUGCAAAUCUGCUUUGCUACACUGACAGGAAAUAUGAAAAGAAUGUCAAAACGAGCCUCCCAUUUGUCAAUACCUUCAACGAUGUACCAGUGAUCGAGACUUAAAGGACCAUCCAUGAUUACACCAAGAUGUGGCUUGACAAACGUGGACAGGAUUUUUGCAUGAAGCUUUAUCGAGUUCCCUCGUUGAUCUAUAUGUCUUGACGUGACUGGUAUUUUUAUGUCAUGUACAGAAAUGCGAUGUAAUGUUUGUACUGUUUUUGGAGGUUCCAUGUGGGUUUUUGUCACACAUUCGUGAAGGUGUUUUUAAAAAUAACUAUCGGUCACCUUGCUUUCGGUGAACUUCCUUCGCUAAUAAAAUGACUCAACAUUU